CAGCGUCGUCCGGUGCGCACGGACGAUGCUGAGGUGAGCGAGCAGCCGCGUCCGUCACCUGCCGGAGCUGCUGCUGUCCGUGCGGCGGUCGGAGGAGCAAGACGACGCUUCUUCUACAUGUUCUCAGGCCGCCAGCUUCGUGCGCCACCGUUUCACACUGCGGGAUUUCAUCUGGGCGUCUGCGGGCCGCUGCCGGGUUUGCGCACUUUGGGGCGAGCGAGGCGUCGAUCUCGCUUCGGCUGCGACGGCCGCGUCCAGCUCGUCGCGCCGCCUGGUUCCGAGGACCCGUCGCCGUGUCUUUGUGCUUCAUCCUGCGGGUCAUCCUGAAAAAUGGAGGGAGGGCAUUUCGGAUACUCCCGGGACUACCUUGACCGCUUCAUCCAAAGCCAGGAUUCUUCUGUGGUGAACAAGUUCCAGCAGAAGUACUGGAAAACCAAGCAGACGCUCUUCAAGGUCACCGGGAAGAAAGAGGACGAACACGUGGUGGCGUCGGACGCAGAUCUGGACGCCAAGCUGGAGGUUUUCCACUCCAUCCAGAGAACGUGCAUGGAGCUGUUGAAGGUCAUCGAGCAGUACCAGAGGAGGAUCUGCUUUCUUUCCCAAGAGGAGAACGAGCUGGGCCGCUUCCUGCGCUCCCAGGGCUCCCAGGACAAAACCAGGGCUGGGAAGAUCAUGCAGGCCACGGGGAAAGCGCUGUGCUUCUCCUCCCAGCAGAGACUGGCUCUGAGGAAGCCUCUGUGCCGUUUGUACCAGGAGGUGGAAACCUUCCGCUACCGCGCCAUCUCAGACACGUGGCUGACGGUGAACCGGAUGGAGCAGUCCAGGACCGAGUACCGGGGAGCUCUGCUCUGGAUGAAGGACGUGUCCCAGGAGCUGGAUCCCGACACGCAGAAGCAGAUGGAGAAAUUCCGCAAGGUCCAGGCUCAGGUGCGCACGACCAAAGCAGGCUUUGACAAACUGAAGAACGACGUGUGCCAGAAGGUGGAGCUGCUGGGAGCCAGUCGCUGCAACCUGCUGUCCCACGUCCUCACCACCUACCAGACGACACUUUUGCACUUCUGGGAGAAGACGUCGCACACAAUGGCAGCUAUUCACGAGAGCUUCAAGGGAUGUCAGCAUUACGAGGUGUCCGCGUCCAAGACGUCACAGGAACCCACGGAGAAGCUGGCCAACAAGACGGGCACGAAACCGAAGGCCGGCGCCGAGGAGGGGGGGGAACCCGAGACCGCGGCCGAUCAACUCGUCUCAUUAGCAAAUGAAAACACCAGCGACAAAACCACAGCCAGUGAAGAUCCUUUCGCCGGCGUUUCAGAGCCAGAAGCCGAAGAGGACAGUGCAGCUUUACUGAGCGAGAUCCUGGGUGGUUUGUCUGUGGAUGAGGGCGACUUUUCUCAGCAGUGGACUGAAGUGUUCGGAGACGCCGAUGACAGAACGAGCGCAGCGCCCGGGAAAACACCCGAGUCAAGCCAGCAGAAGGAAAAGUCCUUCUUUCUACCGUCCCAGCUGCUGGACCAGAGCUUGAAUCAGCUGCAGUCUCCUCUCGCAGAUUGGACUGGGAUCGUUCCACAGCCGGACCCAGAAACGGAGCAGGCAUCUGGAGCCAAUCAGAACCUCUCUAAGCCAGCAGCGAAAGCGACAGCAGGGAAACCCAAAGACCUCUCCGCGUGGUUCAACCUGUUCGCCGACUUGGACCCUCUCUCCAACCCCGACGCCAUCGGCAAACCUGACACAGAGCAUGAACUUCACACUGCAUAGUUCCUCGUCAGCAUAGAGACAUGGCGACGACUCAGAUUAGUACCAUUGUUAGUGGGUAUCAACACAAAGCUGCCAUGAGAAACCCUUUUACUAAUCAAUAAAUGUACUGGUGAUAAAAUCCUGUGCGGACUUGAUUAGGCGUUAACAAGGUCAAGUCACAUCUCAAUAUACUUAAAUGCUUCUCAUCAAGUGGCUGUAAAACUUAAUAUAAAAACAUUUUAACGAGACAAAUACUUUCUCAUAAUAGGACAGAUUCUCUAAUCGUGACUUUUUUUUUCUUCUCAACGUGGCAGCAACACAUUUCUAAGAGUGUCCCACUAACAACUAUCUGCUCUCGUGUCCUUGGAAAACAUUCUUAUGAAGCCUGCUGGCCAUCGUUUAGCAUGAAUACCUCAGAAUGAGUUGGGAACAAUAAGCCUUUGACAUUAGCUGCCUUGCAAAUCUGAAGUCUCUCGUAGCAUUUGCGCUUUCUUCACUGUUUUCAUUAAGACAAAUGCAAAUGCGCAAAAUAAGUUAAAAAAAAUAUUGAAAAAAAACAAAGACAACAGUGCAAUACUUAUGUUUACAAGGACAUGCAACGUAUCGAAUGAAGCUCAUAUUAACAAAUGCACUGAUAUAUAUUUUUGUGUCACUAAUAAUUCUGCGAGCACCAAAGCAGAUGCUGAGGGUUUAAACAGCAGAAAGCCGCUCCCUUCGUCAUACAGGAGUUUCCUUUGACAUUUGUUUCUCAUUACUUGAAUAGAAAUGUGUGACGGUAGAAUUAGCAGUUAUGAACACUCCACCUGUCAUUUAUCACUGCAUGAUGCAUGACUUGUUUACGUUUAUACGGUAACUGUGUGAUUGUACUUUUUUUUUUUUUUAUUUAGUAAUUGGACAUGUUUAUAAUUCAGGUAAAGGCUUUAACAGGCAAAUUUGCUCCUUCAUAGUAUUUUCUUAACCAAACAAAAAGAAUGACAUGACAAUACAAUCUAAUGAGUUUACCUACAAUGCUGCAUCAACUGAUCAGAGUAAAUGCCUUAAUCUAAUGUCAUCUGUCUGAAUAUUGUACUCCUUAUAUGGUAUCACUAAAUCUGUGGGUGGACUUAUUUUGAUGUUAAACAUUGUAACAUUUGUUAAUAUUUAUCAACACUCAAAUAUAAUUAAUGUCCCUACAAAGACUACAAUUUGUUUAUGACCACAUGUCAUUUAUUGGUUUAUAAAUGUGUUGGCAUUACUGGACAACAGCCUCUGGAAAAGAUUGCAUACCAUAUCAAA